GCAGCAGGGAGCAUGCCUGGCUGCUGCGGGGCGAGAGAAAAGGUGCGCUACCGGCUGACAGUGCUGUCAGGAUUCCUGGAGAGCUUGUGUUUCUCGGGGAUUGCGUAUGGCUGGGCGUCACUGGUGUUUGUGCUCAAAUCCGACGGCUACUUCGCUGAUCGCUGCGUGAACGUAACGGGUGAGGGCCACGUUUUGAGCGCAGAUUGCAGUGGCCAGGAUGAGCAGCUGUCCCAGGUCAUGUCCGUGGCCUCCUUCACGACCAACAUUCUGCGGUUUCCUCUCGGCUGCCUCUUCGAUCGUUUUGGGACCAGAGUGACCAGGCUGCUAGCUGUAUCUCUUUAUCUAAGCGGCACGCUGUUCUUCGCCCUCUCUGGAAAAGAUCAGUCUGUGUUGCUGUUCCCUGCUUUGUCAUGUGUGAUUACUUCAGGAAUGCUGUUCUACAUAACAAACGCUCAGGUGGGGAACCUAUUUGAUGCACACCGCUCCACCGUCAUCAACAUCUACACUGGAGCAUUUGACUCCUCCGCUGCUGUCUUCCUCAUUGUCAAGCUGCUGCACGGAAGAGGGGUCUCCCUCCAGUCUUCGUUCCUGUUCCUCUCGUCAUGUAGUGUCAUUCAGCUUUUCCGUACCCUCUUCCUCAUGCCGAGAGGACACAUCCCUCACCCGCUGCCGGAGAAGUACACUUAUGGGUUGAGCUGCCCCCGCCAGGGGAGAGGAAGGGGAGAAGAGGAAGGAGAGAAGCGAGAAAUGAGGGAUGAGGUGACAGAGAAACAUGAAACAAACGAGGUGUUGUUUGUUGAACGUAUGCAAGACAAAGUGCAGCCUGAGCCCAAGCAUGGAGAAGUGGAUAGUUUCUGGAGCUGUGUGCUGUCCUGGUUGUUCGUGUGGCACCUGCUGUGGGUGGCCAUCAUUCAGUUCAGUCACAUCUUCUUCCUGGCCACUGUCAACCCCCGGCUCAACCAGCUGGCCAACAGUGACCAAAACCAAGUGAGUCUGUACACCAAUGCGUUUGCCAUAACACAGGCAUGCGGAGUUCUUUUUGCCCCCUGCAACGGCCUCAUCCUGGACAGACACAAAAAGAGGAAUCUCGCUCCAGGAGAGACAAGGCAGGAGGCAGAUUUUUCCUCCUUCUCUCUUUCCCUCUUCCUCACCGCCCUUCAGUGUUUCCUGUUCUGUGUGUUUUUCUCUGCCCCUCUCCUCCCUCUGCAGUACAUCACCUUCACCCUGCAGGUCAUCAACAGCUCCUUUAUGUAUGGAGGACACCAGACCUUUAUCAGCACCGUCUUCCCAGUGUGUCACUUUGGAAAGCUGACGGGUCUGACGAUGACCAUGUCAGCUAUGACACUGCUCCUUCAGUUCCCGGUGCUUCAUGUCAUUCAGCACCAGCUCCAGGGUGAUCCUCUCUAUGUAAAUGUGAGCGUAGCUUUGCUGUCUCUGUUCACCUUCAUCCACCCAGUCCAUGUCCAUCUAUGGAGCAGGAAAUUGGGAAACCAGAGAAGAGCUAAAGAGGAAGUGGAAGGGAAAUGAAUGAAGCUAAAUUGAAUUGAUGCAAUGGAAACAAAUUAGUGAAAGUGAAUUGUUGUUGAGGAGUACUAGAGAGGUUAGGAAAGAAGAGAAGAAAAUGAAAAGAGAGAAGAAGAGAGGAGGGAAACGCAGAUAAGAA